AUGAACACCGCCAAGACCCUCGUCUCGCUGCCCAUGCUCAACCUGGCCACGGCCACCAGAGAAGAUGUGCUCGCCUACUUCCGCAACGGGUGGGAGAUCAACGAAACGCUCUUUUCGAGCUUGAAAGAAGACGAGAGCUUCUACGCAGUGCCGGACAAGCUGCGCCAUCCGCUUAUUUUCUACAUCACUCACCCGGCCGUUUUCUACAUCAACAAGCUGCGCGAGGCGGGCCUGUUGACGGAGGGGAUCAAUGCACACUUCGAGCGCAUCUUCGCGGUGGGCGUCGAUGAGAUGUCGUGGGACGACUACGGCCGCGACCCCACCGAGUGGCCGUCCGUCACCGAUGCCCGCCUCUAUCGCCAACAGGUCAAGGCCAAGAUGGAGGAGGUGAUCAUGAGCGCGCCCUUCACGAGUCCCAUCACGUGGGACCAGCCGUACUGGGCCAUCCCGAUGGGCAUGGAGCACGAGCGCAUCCACAUCGAGACCUCGUGGCCGGCGUAUGCGCCGCUGGGGAAUGAGGAGACGAUCGAGAACGAGCUGAUCGAGGUGCCCGACGGCGUGGUGGAGCUGGGCAAGCCGUCGGACUUUCCGUCGUACGGGUGGGACAACGAAUACGGCCGUCGCCACGUCACCGUUCCCGCCUUCCGCGCCUCCAAAUACCUCAUCACCAACAAAGAGUUCUUGGCGUUCGUGGAAGCGGGCGGGUAUGAGACGCAAAAGUAUUGGUCCGACGAGGGCUGGCGGUGGCGCACGUUCCGCGAGGCCCGGUGUCCCACCUUCUGGGUGCCCCAGCCCGACGGCUCCUACAAGUACCGCGCGAUCUUCGCGGAGAUCGAGAUGCCCUGGAACUGGCCGGCCGACGUCAACCAACUCGAGGCCAAGGCCUACUGCAGCUGGAAGGGCGAGGGCUUCCGGGUCAUCACCGAAGCCGAGUGGCAUCGUCUACGAGGGGACACGCCGAGCGAGCUGAAGGGCCAGCCCGAAGCCGAUCCCAUCAUGCGCAAGGAGUCGAUCGGGAACUACAACCUGCGGUUUUCGUCGUCGACGCCCGUAAACAUGUUUGCGCCUUCGCCCAUGGGCUUCCACGACGUGCACGGCAACACCUGGGAAUGGGCCGAGGACGAGGCCGACGGUCUCCCCGGUUUCAAGGUGCAUCCGUAUUACCUCGACUUCAGCACGCCCUGCUUCGAUGGCCGCCACAACCUCAUCAUGGGCGGCUCGUGGGUCUCGACGGGAGACCAAGCGUCGGCCUACGCCCGCUAUUGGUUCCGAAGGCAUUUCUUCCAACACCUCGGCUUCCGAUUGGUGCAAACCAUCCGCCCGAUCUCCCUGUGGAAUGAUAGGAAUUUGUAUCCGAUCGGGGACAAUCCGCACAAGGUGACCGAGAACCGGUGGAUCGACGAGAGCAACGUGUACGAGCAGAAGAAGCUGAUCGAGGAGUACCUCCAGCUCCACUACGGCCGGGACGACGAGGUCCUCCCCUAUCCGUUCACCGGCCUGGGCGAGCUGGCCCUCAACUUCCCGCGCAGAUGCGCGCAGGAGUUGAGCGAAGCGUUCAAAAAGUAUUCGCCGAAUGCGUCGGCGGCGGCCGACCGAGCGACGGCGCUCGAACUGGGCUGCGCCGUGGGCCGUGCCUCCUUCGAACUCGCCCGCACUUUUAGCUCCGGUAUUGCGCCUCGCCUCGACGCGCUCGUGGGUCUGGACUACAGCCGAGCGUUUGUCAACGCCGGCAUCGCGCUGCAGGAGAAGGGCGUGCUGCCCUACAAGUACGCCACCGAGGGCCGGCUGCUGGCCAGCUCCACGGCGGAGGUGGCGCCCGACAUCGACCGCGCGCGGGUCAACUUCAUGCACGGCGACGCCUGCAGCUUGCCCAAGACCUUCGGCGCCUACGACGCCGUUCUGCUCGCCAACCUCCUCGACCGCCUGCCUGCUCCCAGCAAGUGUCUGGAGGUGCUGCCGCAUCUGGUGAAGCCUGGCGGUGUGAUGCUCAUCACCUCGCCCUACACGUGGCUCGAGCAGUUCACCCACCCCUCCAAGUGGAUGGGCGGCUACCACCUCGGAGACAAGGAAGUGCGUACGUUCGAUGUUCUCAAGGAGACGCUGCAGGCCGACUUCGAGCUCCUGGAGCACAAGGACAUGCCGCUGCUCAUCCGUGAGCAUCUCAUACAAAUAGACAGUUGA